GAAACCCAUGAUUUCCUGACACACAGCAAGCUGAAGAAAGAAAGGAAAAACUCCAUUAAAAACCUCCAGCUUUCCUCCAUGUUAGGAAUGAAAUGGAAAAUGGAGUGGAUUUAGCAGGAAUCCCUGAUUCCUCUGGCCAAGCUGGAGAAGGGGAGAAGAGAAUCAACACCUCAGACUGCUGAUAUUUUUAAAGUCGCAAUAAAUAUCAAGGGCUCUGUGACAGGAUGAGUGUUUCCUGACUCAAGCUCACAGGAAAGGACAAUCCUUUUUUUUAAAUCGAUGUAUAAUUUAUUUACCUCAAUGCUUCUCUUUACUGAUAUGGGAAUUGUUAGAGGCGGCUGGAACAGCCUGGAAAUAUUAGUAUGAUUUCCUGAGGUUGAGAGCCUCCCAAACUCAGGAAGAGUCAGUACAAUCGCACUUCAUUUUUCCUUCAUGUGCACUUGGAAGUCCCGGGACCAGCAGCAGCACCAGCAAGAAUGAACUGUAAGGAAGAAGAUGACAACAGCACCAACUGCGGCAGCAAUAACGUGAAGAAGAUGUUGAAGUGCGUGGUGGUUGGGGAUGGUGCAGUUGGGAAAACCUGUCUGCUGAUGAGUUAUGCCAACGAUGCCUUCCCGGAGGAGUACGUGCCCACUGUAUUUGACCACUAUGCAGUGACUGUGACUGUCGGAGGCAAGCAGCACUUGCUGGGGCUAUAUGAUACUGCAGGGCAGGAGGACUACAAUCAGCUGAGACCCCUCUCCUAUCCCAACACGGAUGUGUUCUUGAUCUGUUUUUCUGUGGUGAACCCUGCCUCUUACCACAACGUCCAGGAAGAGUGGGUGCCUGAACUGAAAGUCAGCAUGCCGCAUGUGCCUUAUGUGCUCAUAGGAACACAGAUUGAUCUUCGAGAUGAUCCGAAAACUUUGGCUCGACUACUUUAUAUGAAGGAGAAACCCCUCACUUACGAACAUGGAGUGAAGCUGGCUAAAGAGAUCGGAGCACAGUGUUAUUUGGAAUGUUCAGCCCUGACACAGAAAGGCCUUAAAACAGUCUUUGAUGAAGCAAUCCUCACCAUUUUUCACCCUAAGAAAAAGAAGAAACGCUGUGUGACGUGCCACAGCUGCUGUACAGUUGUAUGAGGUCACUUGAAAAGCAAAGCAGGACAGUGCUAUUGUUCAACUAAACCCCCCAGGUUAGAAUGGCAAUGAGCAUCACACACAAAGUGAAAUGGGGAACAUGACCAGAAAGGAGUCUUAUUAAACCAUAUACGAUUCCUCCAUUCUGUGAAACCUCAGGCUGUAACAUGUUAGCCAGCUAAUGUCUAUUUGCUUUCCUAACCCUAUAGAGCUGCAUGCAGCCUGUUCCCACACUAUGCUCGCAUGCACUGAGCCAGUAUAAAACAGAAUGUCUGCUAAUGGCUGACUCUGAAUCAGGUAAGGGUGCUGUGUGGAAAACUUUAAAGACACUGUAAAACCACCAAGAAAAACUUCAUUUGUGGCCUUAAGCAAGAAUUGAUCAAAAGUAUAAAUUUAUAAUACUUAAGAAUUGAAUAUGAAUGGAUCAAAAGCACAGAGAAAUCAUUAGGAGUUUAAUAUGUAAUCAUAUAUGUUAUAUAUAGGAUAUACUUUCAAAUUACUUUUCUUUAUAAGAUACUCACUAAUUUCAGGAUCUACUUUAGUUUGUUUAAAAUGACAUGAAAGCAAAGCGGUAGUGACUCCAAUUCGCAGUCAUUUAACUCAUGCCAUCAAGCCAUCAAAAUGGAUCAAUAUUUACAUCCAGAUUGAAGGAAUGUUCUUUUUACUACACAAAAUGACAAAUAUCUCUAUUUUCUACAGAAUGUGUCCAGGCUGGACCAGGAGGUUUUCAGAAGCUGGGUGAGGGAAAACAGUGUAAGUGAAAAACUGUAGCAUUCAUUUGCAGAAACAGAGUGAUCAUAUCACCAAAAAAUCUUGUGACAGACAUGAAAAACCAGGGAGGUGUUGCAUUGCCACGAGUAUUAUAAAUUCACUCUACAGAUUGGGUGCAUUUCCACAUCUCACCCAGCGGAUGAAAACAAAAACAAACAAGCCAAAGUCACAUUGAUGUGAAGUGCUUUAUAAUGAUCCAGUUGCCUUAUUUGAAAUAGUUUUUUAGAAAUGAUCUUGUGUAAAGGUAUUAAUUGGAGCGGACUUUUAAACAUGUCUAUUUACUGUA